UCAAGUCUCUGUUAAUUACCAUAAUCUCUUCAAACAUCAUCAGACUCGUCAAUCUUCACAACAAAUCGUCAACUCAAAUCGUCUGGCAUCAUGGCUCCUCGCAAGGUUGCUGCUGCUACGACUCCAGCAAAAGGGCGCCCGGCUUCUGCUAGAGGACGUACUGCUACAGCAAAAGGACGUACUGCGGCUACUACUACAGCGAGAGGACGGGGACGUCCACCAAAAAGUCGUUCGGCGAGAGGGCGCUCAGCUUCAUCUAAAAAACGUGCUUCUUCUGCAAAAGGACGUGCUGCUCCAUCGAAAGGACGUGCUACUCCAUCAAAAGGACGUGCUACUCCAUCGAAGGGACGUGCUACUCCAGUGAGUGAACGUAGUCAGACAAGUGAUUCAGAAGCAAGCUUGAGAUCUCAUCCAGCAAUUUGUUCUCAAUGUGGACAAGAAAUCCAAGCUAAGGACCAGGCAAAGAUGAGCGUUCGUGGCCGAAGUUCUACUCCUCGAGGAGGAAGUCGUCGAUCAUCGAGAGCCGUUUCUGCACCGCAAAGUUCUGCGAAAUCAUCGGAAGCAAAGAAUCUCUCUGAUCGUGAAGGCUCUUCUAGCAAAAAUCAGACCAAGGAUGCUCCAAAACGACGCGGACGCCCACCAAAGAAGGCAACAUUCGUUGUCAAGUCUACAUCGUUUGUACUGGCAGCAUCCUCGCGUGGAUCUUCUACUCCUCCAGUUCGUGGUGGCAUACUACUUCGUUCUGGCAAAGAGCUUCACUCAAGUCAAAAGUCUCAACGUCGAUCUUCUGUCAGUCAACGCAGUGUGCGCAAAGGUCGCGGACGUCCGGUUAGGGCAAAAGCCUGAAGAUGUAAAGAAGAAGAAAAUAAUAACAAAGUGUCUUAGGACCCAACUUGUGAUUUGUUAUGUACAUAUUCCUUCCCAUAAUCAU